AUGGAUAAGGCCCAAAAAUGGCACUGUGCUGUGUUGGGCGGAUCUGCUCUCCUCUACGCUCUGUGGCUAUGGAGAAAACGUCGAAGAGAUCCGUUCGGCCUUGACACCCCGGUUGAUCGUCGAGGAUAUAAAACUGUGAAAUACGAACUGCCUCCAAUCUUGUUUGGCGAAACAGCCCGAGAUUGCCUUCAGCACUGGGUGGCCGACAUGGAUUUUCCAUGCUGUCCGAAGCUGAGAAAAAAAUUGACUCAGCGAAUGGCUCAUCCGAUUUAUGGCUAUACCAUUCAGCCCAAAGAGGUCUGGCAGGCUGUGGGACGAUGGCUAGUGGAGAAUCAGAAUUGGAAGAAGGCACCCGAACCUGACUGCUUCGUAUUCUCUGGCACGGUGUUGGCGAGCGUUGGAAGCAUCCUUCACACGUUCGCACAACCUGGAGACAAGGUUCUCACCAUGGUACCUUUAUAUGCACCGUUGCAAAAGGUGGUGCCAGCAUCGCGAUGCAGCCUAGUUCAAUACCAUUUGCCGGUCAAAGUGGAGCGAGGAACUUCUCGGUAUGAGAUGGAUGUGGAGGGACUGAAGAAAGUGCUGGACAAAGAGAAGGUGAAAUUCAUCAUUCUGUGCAGUCCUCACAAUCCAGUUGGUCGUGUUUGGACUCGAGAAGAGCUAGUGGCCUUAGCUGGUGCGUGCAAGGAUCGUGGAAUUCUGGUCAUUGUCGAUGAAGUCUGGGCAGAUUUGUGUUGGAAGCCCUUCACUCCAUUUCAUCCCGUGGCGAUGGAGAUUGGUUGCAAAUGUAUCAGCUUGGGAUCUCCAACAAAGACAUGGAAUCUGGCUGGCUUUCAUUGUUCUUAUGCAAUUUUUGACGACAAAGAAAUGCUGAAACGCUUCAAGGAAUAUGUCGAACCCCAGUUUCUUCAUCAUGGAAGUACCUUUGGCACUGAAGCCUUGCAGAUCGCAUACGAAAGUAGAGAAUGGAUGCAAGCAGUGAGAGCUUACGUGGAAGCAAACUUUUGCUAUUUGGAAGAGUCGCUGAAGGACAUCCCCGGCAUUCAACUUGCGACUUACUUGGCCUGGUUGGAUUGCUCCGGAUUGGGCCUUCCAACGGACACGGUUCAUUCCUGGAUGAUCCAGGCAGGCCUCGUUUUCUCGUCUGGCAGCGAGUUCCAUCCAGAGUACGGACACUUCCAGCGGAUGAAUCUUGCUUGCAGCAGGCAGAAAUUGCGAGAGGCUCUUGAGCGCUUAAAGCGCGCUGUUGGUCUCCUCCUGGCACCGUCACCAGCGGGAGCCGCGUCAAAGAAGGAGAAGGAGACGAUCAAAACUGCAGCGCAGCAAAUGCACGGGCUGCAGGAUCGCUGGGCUCAGAUAGCCAGCAAAGGUCCAGAUGGAGCCAAGGAAAUCUUGGAGGCCUUCAGUGGAGUGUCGUACAGCACAUUCGUCAUCAAAGUGCCAGCGGGUCAGAGUGUGGGCGUCGACAUUGAGGAUCGAACUAUCACCUCUGUCAGCAGCCGGAAGCUGGGCUGGAGCACCGGUGACACCAUCCAAGAGAUUAAUGGCAUCGAGGCCAAGGAUGAGGAGAUGGUUGUGAACAGUGUCAAGGCGGCGAAGAACCAGGGUCAGGACCUUGUCUUCAAGGUUCAGCGACUGUCUGAGUCUCCCUGGGUAAGUCUCGACAGGGCACUGACCAACGUUUACGCGGACAUUGAUGCUGAAGUGGUUUUGCCUGAGCCGGACCAGGUCAGUGACAUGUUCAGAGACCUGAAGAACAAUGUCAAUUUGGCAAAGGACGAUAUUAUUGACAUGGCCACGGUGAAGGAGAAGUUGGAUGCCUUUAUAAAGGCGCUGGACCAAUUCGCCUCCAGCUGA